CGCGCCAAAAAUAUGCCGCAUUAUUCUGCUGCAUUCAUUCCGAUUCGGUUGCUCAGACAGUAAGAACAUGGACUACGAAAAUAUUAAAUUUGAAUUCAGAGAAGGAAGCCGAGCGGGCUGCUCGUUACUGUUGUUUUCAUUAUGCGAGCAACAAAUUUAUGUAAAAAACAAACAAUUAAAACUAGGCGAAACCACAUACAUAUGCCGGGUUAAACUCUGUAAAGCUAGAGUUUAUUUAAGUGCAGACAAAUCUAGAGUUUACUCAAAUCCUGAAUAUGUUGUGCAUAGCCAUGGCCCUCAGAGUGAUGAAAUGGAAAAAAUCAGUGCUCUUAGUGAAAUAAAACUGAAGUGCGAAAAUAAUAGCAAUUUCGACACCAAAAAAGUAUUCAAUGAUGUUCUUGCUGAGAAAACAAAAGGUGAAGCGGAGAUUGAAAUAAAUUAUGACUCUGUCAAACGCACUUUGCAAAGAAAAAGACAGCCUUUCUUGCCAAAGCCUCCAUCUUCUGCAGAGAAUGUUCUGGAAGCUUUUCAAGACGAAAAUAUUAUGAGCCGUUUUGGAAUAACCAAGGGAAAUACUGCAAAUCAGUUCUAUAAAAAAGUGUACGCAUCGAGCUCGUUUGCUUAUUGCAUAUUUUCAUCAGACAAGGUAAUCACUUUGAUGCAAGCCAACAUUCCGGAGCAUAAUAGGCAUUAUUUAAUUGAUGCUACAUUUAAAGUGUGCCCUUUUGGAGAUUUUAAGCAACUUUUAAUAAUUUAUAUUAAAUAUUUGCAGAAGAUAACCCCUUUUGUUUUUGUUUUGAUGACUCGCAAAACGGAGCUGUGUUAUCAGCACUUAUUCACAUAUAUAGACUCGAAUAUUUGCUGCCUUAAAGGAGCAUCCUUUAUAUCAGAUUACGAAAAGGCAAUGCGUAACGCGUUAAAAGGUCUGCAUCCCAACAUGAAUUUUUACGCCUGUUGGUUUCAUUUUACUCAAGCAUGCAAGAAAAAUGCCAAGCAAUCGAGUGGUUUUGAAAAUACGCUGAAAUGCAAUAAGAAAGCUUACAUGCUAUUUAUGAAAUUUUUGCACUUGCCGCUUUUACCAGAAAGCAAAAUUGUCGAAGCAUUUAACCUUCUAAAAGGCGAAGCAAUAAACUUAAAUAAGAAGCUGUUUUCUCCAUUUUUAAAAUAUUUUAAUAGACAGUGGCUUAAAAAGGAGGGACCAAAAAGCAUAUCCGUGUUUAAGAGGUCAACUAGAACCACGAGCUCAGUAGAAGCUUAUAAUUUGAAUUUGGGAAAUAAAAUUCGAGCAAAUGGGCACUUUUUUAAAUUUGUUCAAUGUCUUAUUGAUGCAGAAUAUGAAAAAAGUCGCGAGUUUGCUUUACUCUUUCAAAAUGGUGGUAAUGGAAAUCAGACACAGAAGAAGAAAUUACGUGAUCGCUCAAAAAAAAUAAUGGACGCAAUGGAUCUUUUUGAAAGAGGUGAAAUAGAUAUACAGGGAUUUCUGACAUGCACUGUUUCCUUAGCUGACCGCUUUUCAAAGCAGGACUUCUUUGAAGGGGUGGACAAUGAAAGCAAUUUAACUGGAAUGUCUUCUGAUAUGAAAUCUUCCACAUCGUCACUUUCAUCGAAUGCUUCUCAUUCAAGUCAGUCAUCUGAUAAAUCAUUGGUUCAAAUGAAUCCAUGCAAUGUGUGCCUCUGUAACCCAAAGUCUGUGUUGUUGCGCCCGUGCAAUCACGUAAACAUUUGUGGUACAUGUUGGGAUCAAAUUGUGGCCCACAACCAAGCAAAAAAAGAGUUGGAAGAAAAUGAAAAUAUAAAGCCAAAAUGUCCAAGUUGCAACCGAGAAGUCGAAGAGGCCAUACGCAAUGUUUUUAUUUACAAUUAACUUGUGUAAGAUAAGAACGACAAAAUUUAAUAAAACUUCUAUUAUGAUUUCUGUGUAUUUGGACUAUUGCACAUUUUUUAAUUUCAAUAAAAUCAUGUUAUAAAAUGAAAUGCUGUCAAAAAAAUAUAAGUGUAUUUUACAUGCGAAA